AAUUCAGCACAUACCCUACCCGUAUUACCGGUGGAACCAGUUGACGUGUGUCGUUGUUCCUGUCUUGGCUGCUACAGCAGAUUGUUAUUUUGAUGUAGAUUAGCUUCACAGACGUGUCGUAUGUAACAAUAUUGAGUAGACGUCGAGUAUUGGUCGGCUAACGGAACGUUGUCUGCAUUGCAUACACAAGAUAGCCGACGCCAACGUCUAGGCUUCUUUUUUAUCGAGCACACCAGGAGGAAAAAAAGAAGAGAUGACGAUAAAGAAAACAACGAAGUAUUUUUAUUCGUAGAAUUGCCCUUCAGUGUCUUCUGUUACGAUCGUUCCUGUCGCGUAAAUGAAUUUCCUGCGUAAUCGUGUGGUGGUUCUGGGUCUGGUGUUGCUGGCCACUGUCCUGCUGUACCUGCUGCUGCCGUCCAUACGUCAGGGCAUCAUGGAGCCGUCCCCCGACGCACAAAGAUCUGUCUUCUUGGCCACUUCUCCCCCUGCGCUUCCCAACCUCAAUGUGUCAGUUCACACCGGACAGCUUCCUGGAGACCCGCCGCUCUUCUUCCGAGAAGCUUUACCCCUGGACUCAGCUGGACGCCAGAUACUGCCUAGGUUACAAGUAGUACUUCUGCAUGGGCAGGCUUUCACCUCUAAAACCUGGGAAGAUCUUGGCACCAUGGCCCUGCUCGCAAGUAAUGGAUAUCAUGCUUUAGCCAUGGACCUGCCAGGUUUUGGCAAGUCUCCCGUCUCGGAGGCUAUAAAAAAUGACCAGAACCGAGUGGACCUGCUCUCCAGGUUCAUGGAAUCUCUGGGCGUGAGGUCAGCGGUGCUGGUGAGUCCCUCCAUGAGCGGACAUUACUCCAUCCCUUUUCUCAUGAAGAACAGCGCACAGCUGCGUGGCUUCGUUCCCAUCGCGCCUGUUGGUACGCGCAGUUACACACCACAGGAGUACCAGAAUAUUCAGACGCCGACACUCAUCGUGUUUGGGGCCCUGGACACUAAUCUGGGCGCCCAGUCUCACAAGAACCUGGCCCAGCUCCCACAUUACUCCGUGCUCAAGCUGGACGAAGCUCGUCACGCGUGCUACAUGGAUAAACCGCGAGCGUUUCACCAAGGACUCAUCGACUUCCUCAGCAAGCUUAAGUGAGACAGAAAGAAAAUAUGAUGGUUUUUUUCUGCCUGGUCGGCUUGUUAGAAUGAAUACAAAGUACCAGUAGAGUGAAAAAACAAGUUGCCUCUAAUUUUAAGUUAUAAUCAUAAAUAUCUGAUUUAUGACACUAAAAGACUUACAAAGUUUGCGAGUAAAUAGAUAUGAUCAAAAGAGUAUCAAUCUCAUGGAGAUUCCCAAGCCAUUUUGAGAGUUAGUGAGCUAUACCGACUCAGUGGCCUAGUGGUUAGAGUGUCCGCCCUGAGAUCGGUAGGUUGUGGGUUCAAACCCCGGCCGAGUCAUACCAAAGACUAUAAAAAUGGGACCCAUUACCUCCCUGCUUGUCACUCAGCAUCAAGGGUUGGAAUUGGGGGUUAAAUCACCAAAAAUGAUUCCCGGGCGCGGCCACCGCUGCUGCCCACUGCUCCCCUCACCUCCCAGGGGGUGAUCAAGGGUGAUGGGUCAAAUGCAGAGAAUAAUUUCGCCACACCUAGUGUGUGUGUGACAAUCAUUGGUACUUUAACUUUAACUUUAACUUUAGCCAGUCACGUGAUCCGUGACGUAGCGGUGGAAACCACAGAUCCCUUCCCCAUCAACAACAAUACUGAUCAAGCAGGCUCUGUGAGAACCAACAACAAUUAUUUUGGGAGAAAUGACGAUCCAGAACCUUAUACUUUUGAGCCCGAACACAAGAAGGAUGAGCAAAAAGGUUUAAAAGCCGAAUGCUAAACUGAUGCAGCUUUAUUGAAACACUAUAGUAUCAGCUAGUAUUGCUAGGUGCUAAACAUAAAAACUAACCAUAAUAAAACAAACACUUACUGUACAAUUUCCACUCUCGCUUGGAUGCCGACCGACAGGACGCUCACAUAAUCUUCUUUUUAUGAAGUUUUAACCGCAAUUCUUACGAAGGGUUAAAAAAAAAAAGUUGCCGCAACUACGCCUUUUUAGACAUCUUGGGGGAUAUCAAAUUAAACCAGUCCCUCGGUCCGUCACCACAUUUGUCUACUAUCAGGUGAGAGAUGCAUUGAUUAUAAUCUAGAAUUAACUUUCAGCAUGUUUGAGACAAUAGAAAAGCAGCUGCCGGCUUAGUGUAUCAACAAUAGCAGCGUAAGCUAGCAUUAACUCACUGCUAACAAUUCCCCGCUAAAAUAGGCCGUCUGUGUUAGCGCUUAUAACAAUAUCACUCAUAUUUGUUUAAUAUCCUGGUCAUGACAUGUAAAUGGAAUAUUGUUGGUGGUUUCUGGAUGUUUUUAGAGGGUAUAAUGGGUGUUGUUGACUCAAUUGUUGGCUAUUUAUUCAAGAUUUUGAGUGCAAAAAAAAAAACCCAACCAUAUAUGUUCUUGUCUUGCAUAAGGAUUGUGAAUGAUAAACAGCACAUCUAUCUCCAAUUUGUGUGUGUCUCCAGUAUGACUGAUCUGAUAACAUGGUCAGAGUGCAGAAGCGUUACUCCAGUGACGAAGGAUCUACAGAAAUUGCCAAAGACAUUCAGAGCAAAUAUUCAAAAUGGCCGUCUGAAAUUGGGGCAUUUUGUGAUGUUUCGACAGUAUUUUCACAUACUUUGCAGAUUGUAAAUACAAUUGGCUAUGGUUUAAUGGGUACAAAGAAACACAAUUAAGCAUAUAAAGUCAACUUGUUUUUCCACUCUACUGGUACUUUAAAGAUUCCCACCUCAUUUGUAUUUAUUCAUAUCCAUCAUAUGUGCAAUAAGCCUCCACUUGUAAAGUCGGGUAAGGGUUAUUUCAUGCUUCUUUGCAUGCAAAAACAAACAAAAAAAAGCAUUACAUUUUGUGUCAGUGUUGCCUUUUUGUAGGUGGGCGGGGGGGUAAAUAUGCAAAUGUAGCAGCAGCAGUAGAUGCAUGUGUGUGUUUGGGAAAGCUUCCGGUCAUUUCUCAUUCCAGCUCAAAAAAAAAAAAAGCUCACUCUCUUCAACAAGGGAGGAAAGUAUUGUCAACAUUUGAAAGCAAAACCUGUUUAUUUAUAUGAUAAUAAAGUAUAUACCGUAAGUCUAAUAUAUUUGCAUGGGGUCUAGAUUUAUUUGAAAGUGGGUAACUGCUGGUCAUGAAGAUGGUGUUUAAUAAUUUAACAAUGUUUGCUUACAGGUGUGGUUUUUUGUUUUAUGAGAGACUAUGUUGACCUUUGCAGCGGAAAUGGCGGCACUCCUUUUCAUGCAGGGCCCAAAGGCAGGGUAGUUGUUAAAAGCCUGGCCUGAUGAAUAAUUUACAGGUUAUUUUUUUUCUAAUUACCCUUGUUAUUCUGCUGCUGUCCGAACAAAGAUUUUUACAGGAGGAGCGAUGAAUGCAGUACUGUGUCCAGCCUGGAUGUACAUAUAUAUAAAUAUAUUGCAUAUUUAAUGUUAAUUGUGAAUUGAAACAAUAAAAAAAAAUGUUUCUUUAUGUAGAAUAAGGGGUUUCAAACUUGUUUCC